CAGACAAUGCAGCCCGGGGAUGGGGGAGCUUCCAGAGAGGCCCGUGACCAGGCCACAGGGAUGCUGGGGCUGUGAACCAAAAGCCACUGGCUCUGUGAACCCACUGGGCACCGCAGAGCAGAAGGGGUGAUGAGUGAGAGGCGAGUGGUGGUGGACGUGCCCACCGGCCCCGGUGCCGGCAUGCCCCUCCAGAGGCGCAGGGCGUCCCUCAGGGGGCCACGGUCGUCGUCCUCCCUGGACAGCCCCCCGGCCUCCAGGACCAAUGCCGCGAGUGGUCUUGUCCGAGCGCCGGGGGUCUAUGUCGGGACCGCGCCCAGCGGCUGCAUAGGUGGCCUGGGUGCCCGUGUGACUCGCCGGGCCCUGGGCAUCAGCAGCGUCUUCCUGCAGGGCCUGAGGAGCUCAGGCCUGGCCACGGUGCCCGCUCCGGGUCUGGAGAGGGACCACACUGCCGUCGAGGACCUGGGGGGCUGCCUGGUGGAAUACAUGGCCAAGGUGCACGCGCUCGAGCAAGUCAGCCAGGAGCUGGAGGCACAGCUGCGCAUGCACCUGGAGAGCAAGGCCACGCGCUCGGGGGGCUGGGGCGCCCUCCGCGCCUCCUGGGCCAGCAGCUGCCAGCAGGUGAGUGCCCGGGCCGCGCCCAGGGGCUUGGCGGAGGGCUGGGGGACACCCCCCCAGCAUGGUGGUCAGCACCCACCUGGCGGCACCAUCCUCAUGACCAACAGCACUGUCCUCUCAGACGUCCCCCAGGACUGCCGUUCCACGGGCACCCACCCGGCUGUGAGGGAGCGCCACCUUCCAGCAGUCCGGGCCUAA